AUGCGCAGAACAGCGGGCAUAACAGCGAGCGCCGCCACAUCCAUCAGCUCAUACUCCCAUCCCUCCCACUCUCCCUCUCCCUCUCCCUCUUCCUCUCCCUCUCCUCCCCACACACCGCCAAAUCCAAAUCCAAACCCAGCCUUAGCGAACACGUCAUCGCCGCCGCUUAGCACAUCGCCGCACCCUUCUUCCUCUUCCGCGUCAUCCCACUCUUCGCCUUCUCUCGCCGCUCCCACCACUCCCACCACCUCCGUCAUACGCAGUCGCAGUAGUACACCCGCACGGGACUCGGUGUCCGCACACCCGCCUAUCCCCAUCCCCCCUUCUGUCGCCUCUUCAGACCCCUCUUUCGCCACGUCUGCAGCGUACGGUACCCAUACACCCGCCUCAAAGACAAAGACAAAGCCAAAGGCGGGCUAUAGGCCUACGAACGCAGCCUCUGCUUCCGCACUUGCGAUGCCCACUACCACUCCCUCCCUCACCGCAUCCACACCCAAAACACCCACACCUCCUCCUCCCACACCUACUACUACACCCCACUCAUCUCACCAACCCCACCAACCUCACCCACCCAAAACACCCCACCAACCCCACCAACCCACGGAAAAGAAACCGUGGAUCGACCCCGCCGCGCUCCCCUCGCACGGCUCCGUCGCGCACAUCGCGGGCAACGCGCCCGAGCACAUAAAACGCCUCACGCAGAAUACGUUCUUUGCGUAUGGCGUGGGGGCGCCGCCGCCUCCUCCUGCUGCUGCUCGAGCUUCCAGUCGUUCUAGGGAUUCCAGUCGUUCUAGGGAUUCUGGGCGUGCUUCUGGGCGAGCUUCUGUGCGAUCGUUGGGUGAGGGUGAUAGACAUGGAAAUGACGGGGCAGAUGAGGGUGAUGCAGAGGCAGAUGAAGAGGCAGAUGGAGGAGGAGACGGAGGGGUGGGCGCGUGGAGCGGGGACGACUUUUUCGGGUACGCGGUCGGGCGGCGCGUGCGGCUCGUCGAUAUCAGCGUGUAUCCGUCGCACUCUCCCCCAACGAACUCCGCGACAUCCACUUUUACUGAAGACGUGAGCGGCGCGGAGAGGAGAAAUGGCGUAGAGAGAAGUGGGGAUGUAGAGAGAAGUGUAGAGAGCAGUGUAGGCGUGGAAAGAGGUAUGGGUGUGAGUGGAGAGGGAGGUAUGGGCAUGGAGCGCCUGGAGGCGUCGACGACGGCCGAGAUCCGGGUCACGCGCGGGAUGCUGAACGGCGCGGGCAUGCUGCACGGCGGGUGUGUCGCGUAUUUGGUGGAUAACUGCUGCUCCACGCCCCUAGUCGUCCUUGGGCUGCUGCAGCGCCGCAACGGCGUCGGCGUCACGCAGGCGAUGACCGUGCUCUUCCACGCGCCCGCGGCCGUCGGCACGACGCUGCGCGUCGUGAGCACGUCGGUGAGCCUCGGGGCGCGCGUUAUGUCGAGUCGGUGUGAGAUUAUAGCGAAGGAGACGGGCCGCAUCGUCGCCUCUGCGUUUCUGAAUAAGAUGCAGCCGGGGGGCGCGAAGCUCUGA